AUGUCGCUGCUGCAGUCGGCGCUCGACUUCCUGGCGGGCCCGGGCUCCCUGGGCGGCGCUGCCGGCCGCGACCAGACCGACUUCGUGGGGCAGACGGUGGAGCUGGGCGAGCUGCGGCUGCGGGUGCGGCGGGUCCUGGCCGAGGGUGGGUUUGCCUUUGUCUACGAGGCGCAAGACCUGGGCAGCGGCCGAGAGUACGCGCUGAAGAGACUGCUGUCCAACGAAGAGGAGCAGAAUAGGGCCAUCAUCCAGGAGGUCUGCUUCAUGAAAAAACUUUCUGGCCAUCCCAACAUUGUCCAGUUUUGCUCUGCAGCGUCGAUAGGAAAGGAGGAAUCGGAUACGGGGCAGGCUGAGUUCCUGCUGCUCACGGAGCUCUGCAGAGGGCAGCUGGUGGAAUUUUUAAAGAAAAACGAAUCCAAAGGCCCGCUCUCGUGCGAUGCGAUCCUGAAGAUCUUCUACCAGACCUGCAGGGCCGUGCAGCACAUGCACAAGCAGAAGCCGCCCAUCAUCCACCGCGACCUCAAGGUUGAGAACCUGCUGCUCAGUAAGCAGGGGACCAUCAAGCUGUGUGACUUUGGCAGCGCCACCACCAUCUCGCACUACCCCGACUACAGCUGGAGCGCCCAGAAGCGCGCGCUGGUGGAGGAGGAGAUCACCCGCAACACCACGCCCAUGUACAGGACGCCCGAGAUCGUGGAUUUGUACUCCAACCUCCCCAUCGGGGAGAAGCAGGACAUCUGGGCCCUGGGCUGCAUCCUCUACCUGCUGUGCUUCCGGCAGCACCCCUUCGGGGACGGCGCGCGGCUGCGCAUCGUCAACGGGAAGUACGCCAUCCCCGCCGAUGACACGCGCUACACCGUCUUCCACGGCCUCAUCCGCGCCACCCUGAAGGUCAACCCCGAGGAGCGGCUGUCCAUCUCGGAGAUGGUCAGUCAGCUACAGGAGAUCGCUGCAGCCCGCGAUGUCAACCCUCGGGCGCCCAUCACCGAGCUCCUGGAGCAGAACGGCGGCUACGGGAACACUCCCGGGGGCCCGGCCAGCAGCGGCUACAGUGGAGGCCUAGUGGUCGCCGAGUACGACCAGCCGUACAGCGGGCUGCUGGACAUUCUGCGGGGGGGCACCGAGCGCCUCUUUACCAACCUCAAGGACACCUCCUCCAAGGUCAUCCAGUCCGUGGCCAACUAUGCCAAGGGAGACCUGGACAUCUCCUACAUCACGUCCAGGAUUGCAGUGAUGUCCUUCCCUGCGGAGGGUGUGGAGUCGGCUAUCAGGAACAACAUUGAGGACGUGCGCCUCUUCCUGGACGCCAGGCAUGCCGGCCACUACGCUGUCUACAACCUAUGCCCCCGCACCUACCGGGCCUCCAGGUUCCACAGUCGGGUGUCCGAGUGCGGCUGGGCGGCCAGGCGGGCCCCCCACCUCCACAGCCUAUACGGCGUCUGCAGGAGCAUGCACGCGUGGCUGCGGCAGGACCCCAGGAACAUCUGUGUGGUGCACUGCACGGACGGGCGAGCGGCCUCCGCCGUGGCCGUGUGUGCCUUCCUGUGCUUCUGCCGGCUCUUCAGCACCGCCGAGGCCGCCGUGUACAUGUUCAGCAUGAAGCGCUGCCCACCGGGCAUCUGGCCGUCCCACAAGAGGUACAUCGAGUACGUGUGCGACAUGGUGGCCGAGGAGCCCAUCACGCCCCACUGCAAGCCCCUGUUGGUGCGGGCUGUGGUGCUGGCCCCCGUGCCGCUAUUCAGCAAGCAGCGGGGCGGCUGCCGGCCCUUCUGCGAAGUCUACGUGGGGGACGAGCGCGUGGCCACCACGUCCCAGGAGUACGACAAGAUGCGGGACUUUAAAGUCGAGGACGGCAAGGCCGUCAUCCCCCUGGGCGUCACGGUGCAAGGGGACGUGCUGCUGGUCAUCUACCACGCCCGCUCCACGCUGGGAGGGCGGCUGCAGGCCAAGGUGGCCUCCAUGAAGAUGUUCCAGAUCCAGUUCCACACGGGCUUCGUGCCCCGCAAUGCCACCACUGUGCGCUUUGCCAAGUACGACCUGGACGCCUGCGACAUCCAGGAAAAGUACCCGGACCUGUUCCAGGUGAACCUGGAGGUAGAGGUGGGGCCCAGGGACCGGCCCGGCCGGGAGCCCCCGCCCUGGGAACGCGCGAGCAUGCGGGGCCUCAACCCCAAGAUCCUGUUCUCCAGCCGGGAGGAGCAGCAGGAUGUCCUGGCCAAAUUCGGGAAGCCGGAGCUGCCCCGGCAGCCGGGCUCCAGCGCCCAGUACGACGCUGCGGCGGGGUCUCCGGAUGCUGAGGCCACAGAGUCAGACUCACCGUCGAGCAGUGGCCCGGACUCCGGCCACUUCCUUCGCUCCCUGGACUGGCAUGAGGAGGCGCCCGCGGUGGGCCCCAAUGGCCCCGUCCACGCAGGGGGCCCGCCCACUGCAGCUGAGUGCGGAGCCGAGGCCGAGCCCUCGGACGAGGAUGCAGCCACAUCGGGCAGCAGCAGGGACGCUGCAGCAGAUGAGGACACGCCGGGCCCUGGGGCCUGGGCCCCAGAGAGGGGCACCAUCCUGGACGUGGACACCCCAGCUGCCCCACGGGAGUGCCCCCUGCAGGAGGAGGGCGUGGACCUUCUGGGGUUGCACUCGGAGGCCCAGCCGGCACCCCCAACGCAGGCACAUGGCGCACCCACCAGCAACGCCGACCUGCUCAGCUGCCUCCUGGGGGCCCCGACGGUGGCCCCAGAGAGCUCCCCCUGCGACCUGCUGGGCGGGGAGGCACCCCUGCUCUUCACAAGCCCAGCCCCACCCCUGGGUGCCAGGAGCACCCUCCAGGAAGGGCCUGCCGCAGCCAGCGGCCCCUCCCUGCCCAUGGCUGAGCCCUUCGACGCUCUCCUGCUGUCGUCUGACCCAGACCCCCAGCCCGGCUCCAAGCCCGACCUUUUCGGCGAGUUUCUGAACCCGGACUCUGCGGCCGCCCCACCGUCGGCCUUCCCCGCCACGCACAGCGCCCCGCCCCCUGCCAGCAGCGCCCUCCUGCACCUGGGGGAUCUGCCGGCAGAGCCCAGCAGGAUGACAGCCUCCACCAGCCACCCAGACCUGCUGGGCGGCUGGGACGGCUGGGCCCCCACCCCCACAGACCUCGUGCUCACGCCUCCGCCCUGUCCAGGCCCCUCGUCCUCUCCUGGAGGCCAGCCGGGCCCUCCCGCCCCCCCGGCUGGCCGGACCAAGUCCCAGAGCCUGGACCCAUUCUCGGACCUCGGGGACCUCAGCUCCGGCCUCCCAGGCUCGCCGGCUGCUCGAUUUGCUCCUGGGGGCUUCGUUCCCAAGGCAACACCCCCCGCCAAGGGUGGUGGCUCCUGGCAGAUGGGUCAACCCCCAGGCCAGGGCCCCCUGCGGCCCCCCCAGCCCAAGCCACCCCCAACCUGCGCACAGCCACGGCCUAACUACGCUGCUACCUUCAGUGUGAUCGGGGGCCGAGAGGAGAGGGGGGUCCGCGCCCCCAGCUUCGCCCAGAAGCCCAGAGUGUCCGAGAGCGACUUCGAGGACCUGCUGUCCGACCAGGGCUUCUCCUCCAAGUCUGACAAGAGGGGCCCGAGGACCAUGGCUGAGAUGCGGAGGCAGGGCCAGGCGAGGGACACGGACCCGCUCAAGCUGAAGCUCCUGGACUGGACCGAGGGCAAGGAGAGGAACCUGCGCGCCCUGCUGUCCACGCUGCACACCGUGCUGUGGGACGGCGAGAGCCGCUGGACGCCCGUGGGCAUGGCCGACCUGGUGACGCCCGCGCAGGUGAAGAAGCAGUACCGCCGCGCCGUGCUGGUGGUGCACCCCGACAAGGCCGCCGGGCAGCCCUACGAGCAGCAGGCCAGGAUGAUCUUCAUGGAGCUCAGCGAGGCCUGGGCAGAGUUCGAGAGCCAGGGCUCCCGGCCCCUCUUCUGAGCGCCGUGGGGUAGAGCUGGCCGGCUGGCCGGCCGCAGGUGGCCGCCUGGCAGGCGACCCCCGCCCCCACC